AUAGUCCCUCCAAAAAUAUAUAUAAAUAAAAAAAAUAUAUUAAAAAUCUGAUAAUGUUAAAUUAUAUAUGUUUUUAGAUAAAACACCCACACCAGAAACAAUCACUAGAUUCCGAUCUCUAUCGCUAUAUUUCCUUUUCUGCGCCUUCGAAGUUUGAAUCUCACCUAGGCUAUCAACGAACCCUCGCCGGUUGAUCUGAUUGGUUACUGUUCCUUGAUACUUUCCAGAAUUGGAAUCUCGCUUUGCAGUUUACCGCUUCGAGAAGAUACAGUCUGAUUCCUUAUUUAGCGCGACUGGAAUUUCAGUUCUCCUAUCUUGUCCUAAUUUGUUCAUGUUCUAUAGUAUUAGUCACGCGCUGAUGAUGAAUCUGUAACACAAUGAAUUCUAUUAUGUGAGCUAUCCCUGUGAAAAAUCUGCUCAUGUUACUUGGGAAGAGGAAAAAGGGGGUCUACGAAUGCUGUUGCCACUUGGCCAUAUUUACUGUGAAUCAUUGAUAUAGAAUUAUGAUGGUCUAUGGUUUUGAACGUUAUUGGAGAUUUAGUUUUAAUGAAUUGGUUUUUUAGUGGUUUUUGAAGCUCAAUAUUUAAAGAGGUUGCACAAUUUGGACAUGAGAAACCCCUGGUUCAACAAAUUAUAUCCAAUUGUCUGCCCCAGACCGCCGUUCAGUUGGUUUCUUCUGUGUUUCGUCUGUGUUCUUGCCCUAAUUGCAAUCUUAGGAUCGACCUCGUCAAAUGCCUUUGAUUCUCUAACUUCCAUUUCUGUACCUAUCCGUUUUACAAAUUACAGAAGGCAAAAGGAGCAAGUUGCUGUUGAUUACUUGGAGCUGAAAACUCUAUCAUCUGGAGCUGGUCGCCUAGAGGAACUGGGCCUUUGUGGCAAAGAAAAAGAAAAUUAUGUCCCUUGUUACAAUGUUACAGCAAAUUUGUUGGCUGGGUUUAAAGAUGGGGAGGAAUUUGAUCGGCACUGUGAAGUGGAAAGGCAGGAAGAGCAGUGUCUAAUUCGCCCUCCAAAGGACUAUAAAAUACCGCUAAGGUGGCCGCAUGGUAGGGAUGUAAUAUGGAGUGGCAAUGUGAAAAUAACGAAAGACCAGUUUCUUUCAUCUGGAAGCAUGACCAAAAGGUUGAUGUUGCUGGAAGAGAAUCAAAUUGCUUUUCAAUCUGUAGAGAGUUAUUAUAGCCACAUUGCAGACCUGAUAACCCCCGGAAACGAAUCUGAAUUUUCACGGGCUGGUGUGCGUAAUGUACUAGAUAUUAAUUGUGGAUUUGGUAGCUUUGGAGCUCAUCUAUUGUCAUUGAAUCUAAUGGCUGUUUGUAUUGCGGCAUAUGAGGCAACUGGAAGUCAAGUCCAAUUGGCUCUUGAGAGAGGUCUUCCAGCUGUGAUUGGCAAUUUCAUCUCACGACAACUUCCAUUCCCUCCAUUGUCAUUUGACAUGGUUCAUUGUGCUCAAUGCGGAAUUAUUUGGGAUAAAAAAGAUGGGAUGUUCCUAAUAGAAGUGGAUCGGCUACUCAAGCCCGGAGGUUACUUUGUUUUAACUUCACCUGCAAGACCACAUGAGAGCUCAUUGAAUAAGAAGAAGGGAAGCCUGCUAAUAGCAUUGAAAGAAUUCACUGAAAAUAUCUGUUGGGAGCCUCUAGCUCAAGGAGACGAGACUUCCAUUUGGCAGAAAACCGAACAUGCUGAUUGCGCAUCACGCAAGCAGAAUGCUGCUCCACUGUGCAAAGAAGGGGAUGAUGCUCAAUCAUAUUAUCAACCCCUUGUCUCAUGUAUAAGUGGAACCACCAGCAAACGCUGGAUUCCCAUUCAACACAGGUCUUCUAGUUCCCAGUUGAGCUCAGUUGAACUCGAAUUUUAUGGAGUUCAGGCUGAUGAUUUCAAUGAAAACUUACAGUUUUGGAGAUCGGCUUUAAAGAACUAUUGGUCUUUGCUUACGCCAUUAAUUUUUUCUGACCAUCCUAAGAGGCCAGGCGAUGAAGAUCCAUUGCCUCCAUUUAACAUGAUACGUAAUGUGAUGGACAUGAAUGCUCAUUAUGGGGGUUUGAAUGCUGCAUUUCAGGAGGAAAAGAAAUUAGUGUGGGUUAUGAACGUUGUGCCCGUUAAGGCUCGUAAUACUCUUCCUCUCAUAGUUGAUCAAAGAUUUGCUGGUGUUUUACAUGACUGGUGCGAACCCUUCCCAACGUACCCUCAAACAUAUGACAUGCUCCAUGCCAAUGGGCUCCUUUCACAUCUCAGUUCUGAAAGUUGCAGUAUGAUGGACUUAAUGCUAGAGAUGGAUCGAAUCCUACGAUCUGAGAGUUAGAAGGCUUUUUCAAGUGGCUUUUAUAUGCACUUGAAUGGUUGAAUGGUCUUUAGUGAGAGAUAUUGACAGGGCAAAGAGAAUGUUGGAGAGAUGCAGAAAUGUUGCUCCAUCAGAAUGUGUUGAGAGAAUAACCACGAAGGUUAUAAACUUUUACAUGGAAAUCUUACUUUAAUGCCAAAAUAUGCAUCCUACCUAGUCAGUAAUACUGAUACACGAUCUUUGCGGCCAUGACAUGCAAAGAAGUAAAGCUCUUGACUUUUUCUUGAGGAGAGUAUGAGAUAUGUUUCUGCCAUUAUUGAAAUACGCCAGCCAAAAAUUUUCCCUUUCUUUUCUCAUUCUUCGUAUCCUAUGCAAACCCCUUGAGUUGGAUUUCCGAUGCCACAUCCUUCACAUGGUCAUUCUGUAUUUGCCACAUUAAGUCCUCAGUAAGGGAUGGGUUGUUCUUUCUGAUAACUUGGGAGCUAUAGAGAUGGCACGCAUGUUGGCAACCCAGAUACGCUGGGAAGCAAGGGUGAUUGACCCACAUAAUGGAAGUGACCAGAGGUUACUUGUAUGCCAGAAACCGUUUGUCA